CCAGCCAUUGCUAAUAUCUCUUGGUCUAGGAUAUCUUCUGAUUUUGUACGAAUACAUCACAGUUUGUUCAAAGGUUGCUGUGAGAUCCGACAACAAAGUAGGAUGUGCCCGACCCAGUGAUGACGCAGAAGUCAUGAGGGUCAUAUAUUGUGACCAUGAGGUUAAGCUUGAUCGUCCAGUUAACUUUCGGGUGGACAGCUGCCUGUCAGUUCUUUCACAGAACCCACUUUGAACAGGAUGUCUUGCAGAGCAGCGUGGUGGAUAACAGACAGAUUUCCUUCUCACAAACCUGGCAUACCCUUGGUCCUUUCAGGAUUGGAACAAGAGAAGCUGUAUGGGGCGCGGAUCCUGCUGAGCGAUAUGGCGGUAUUCAAAACAUCUCAGUUGACGAUGUUACUAAAUUUGAGAGCCCCUUGACCCGGAAUGCGACCGUCACCUGGGAGCGCCGCUUCUUUGAUGCUCAUAGGACCGAAGAUAGCUCAUUGGUUGAACUAGUCGUUGAUUACCCUCAUGUGGACUGGCAUUUCUCUCAAAAGAUCUACGGCUGGGCAGCCUUCCAAUAUCAAGCAUGGGUCAAGGGCGAAAUUUUCAAUGCUGGCAUCUCCAAACAGAAGGUCUAUUUGUUUACCGACAAUCUUUUGGAGCUUUGGAUCAACCAUGACCAUUACUUUGGAGGAGACUAUUAUGCCUUUAGACGAGCCCCGAUCGUCAUAGAUUUGGAACCUGGCCCAAACACCGUCAGUGCUCGACUAGUGGGGGAUAUUCGUUCCAUGGGUGGAGCAUAUCCGCCAAUUCUUCGAGCUACCCUCGAGGCUUUCAUAGCCACGGAGAGCCUUUACCUCGAUACCUCGGCCGUCUUGCUUCCUGAUGUUGUUCAAGGUCGCUUUUGCAGUCCAUAUGGCAGUAUCACGGUCAGGAAUCAAGCUGACCAUUGGAUCUGUGUGCAAAGUGUUCAUCAGCUGGGACCAUGUGCCAACGAAGAGACGUCUGUGGUCGACGAUGGCCUCUGCCUCGCUCCUGGACAAAGUCGGCCUUUACGCCUGCGACUCAGCCUUGACGCCUGUGGCCAGGAUUUUGUGCAAUUCAGUUUGAAGUACACAACCGCCAAUGCCUCUACGGCCACCAAAUCGUUUGAUGUUCGGUUGCAAUAUGCAUCCAUUGACUCUGUACAAAAGGUCACCUUUCUGCACCCUAGCGGGGUCGUUUCGUAUGCCAUGUUGCGGCCUCCUUCCUCCACCUCGUCAACUCCAGAAAGUGUCCUCCCUGUUAUGAUAAACCUCCAUGGUGCUGGAGUGGAAGCAGACAGUGAUCAGGUUCGUGCCUCAUUCGACGAUGUACCGAACCUUCCAACAUGGUUGCUCUUUCCCACGGGUAUGAGCCAGUGGAGCAGCGACGACUGGCACACCUGGGGUUUUGCAGAUACGCAAGCUGCAGUAUCGAUGGUCCCAAACUGGCUCGAGAGUGUGAAUUGGACCGGGCAAGGCAUUUCCCUCGACAAAAUUCUGGUCACGGGACACUCCAAUGGUGGGCAAGGCACCUGGUAUCUUGCCUCGCACCAGCCAGAUCAUAUUCUCGCCGCAGCCGCAGCUUCCGGAUACACCUCAAUUGAGAAUUAUGUACCGUAUGAGAUGUGGUCCGAGGCAGAUCCUUUGCAAACCGCUAUACUUCAGACUGCUCGAAGCAGCUUCCGUCAUGAGCUACUGGUGGAAAACCUGGCAGGACUGCAAAUUUUCCAGCAACAUGGCUCUGCAGACGACAAUGUCCCGCCCUAUCAUUCGAGAUUAAUGAACUCCUUGCUGGCUCAAAGUGGACACCACGUCAACUAUUCCGAAAUGCUUGGAAAAGGGCAUUGGUUUGAUGGAGCAAUGACAACGCAACCAUUGGUAGAGUUUUACGAAGCCAGUUUGCGACGCCAUGACUCUCCUAAACGAGCACCUGAGCGCUUCACUUUUAUCGUACCCAAUAGUCAUGACUUAGGGUCGCGAUAUGGUAUCUUUGUCGAUCAAUUAGUCUCACCCGACAGGUUGGGCAAGCUUGAGAUUACAAUUGAAGAGACUGAGAACAUGACGAUGUGGCGAAUUCGGUCUUGGAAUAUACACCGCCUGCAUAUUCUCUGCCUCCCUUCUGUGAUCAACAACCCGGACCAGGUUAUUUUUGACGGCAUGGUCUUUCCGUUUGACCUCAAUGAGACAAAUGCAACCAACUCUUUUGUCAAGCUUGAAUCAGAUCUAUGGUCAAGGGAGGUCGCUUCGGACUGGCGCACUCCGGAAAAUAGGUAUGGUCGCCAACGCGGGGCCUUAGAUGCCCUUCUUCGCAGCAAUGGAUCCUUCCAGCUGGUGUACAGCUGUAACGACACACUGAAACUUGCCGUUCAAGCAAGCCGAAAUUUCCUGCAAUACUUUGGUGGUGAUUCGAUGAUAUUACCAAGCUCCAGAUACGGAGAGGCUGUAGAGGGAGAGAGCAACGUGGUUCUGUUCGCGAAGGGAAAAUCGCUCGUAUCUUCGCGAAUUUUCAAUUUCCCGGUUGAUGUCCAAGACGAAGGUCUUGUCAUCAACACCAGAGACUCAGGGCGGCUUAUGAUUCCAUAUUCCAAGGGUAUGGGUGGUGUUUGGCUGCGUCCACUUCACGGUGAGCGAUUGGAACUGGUGGUAUGGGGCGUUGACUUACUUGGGAUGCGACAUGCUGCCCGACUCCUUCCUACUCUCACCGGUGUUGGCCAACCUGAUUUCGUUGUCUUUGACGCCAGCGCAACGUGGAAGGGCCAUGGAGGAUCCAUAGCUAUGGGAUUCUUCGAUCGCUCCUGGCAGGUGUCAGGAGGCUCAUACCUUCCAUAGCUGAAGUUGGAAUUCGAACUGCCGCUUCUUGAAUCCGCGCAUACAGCUCACCGUCGCAGUCGCAG